UUACACUUCCGGGUUAUGCCGAUAGCCUGUCAAAAGGAAAGACACAAGCGAGGUGAAUGUGUGUGGAUGUAGUGCGUCUGGAAAAGCACCAUGCCACUGGAGGUCAAGUGGCCAUUUCCACAAUGUCCGACUUUGGCGUGGAGGCUCUCCGGCUCGCUUAUCAUGGGUCUGGUGGGCUCUUACUCCUACUUGUGGACUAAGCACUUGAACUGCCUGACAGUGCACAACCACGAGGUUCUGUUGGACCUGAUCGACCAGCGGCCGGCUGACACACCCCUCAUCACACUUUCCAAUCACCAGUCCUGUAUGGACGACCCACACAUCUGGGGUGUCCUGAAGCUUAGGCAUUUGUGGAACUUUAACAAGAUGCGGUGGACACCAGCGGCAUCAGACAUUUGUUUCACAAGAGAGUUGCACUCUCGAUUCUUUAGCCGAGGGAAAUGCGUGCCCGUCUGUAGAGGUGAUGGUGUUUACCAGAAAGGCAUGGAUUUUAUUCUGGAGAAGCUGAACAAAGGGGAGUGGGUGCACAUUUUUCCUGAAGGUAAAAUCAACACCAGUGAAGAAUUCAUCAGGUUAAAAUGGGGUGUGGGACGCCUAAUAGCAGAGUGCACCCUCAAUCCUGUCAUCCUGCCACUGUGGCAUGUGGGCUUGAGUGAUGUCCUUCCUAAUGUGAGCCCCUACAUCCCCCGGAUUGGCAAGAGAAUCACCAUCCUCGUGGGAAAACCUUUUCGCGUCAGAGACCUUGUGGAAAAGCUCAGAGCAGACAACAAGAGCCAAAUGGAGAUGAGGAAGACACUGACAGAUGUUAUCCAAGUGGACUUCCAGAGACUUAAAGUUCAAGCUGAGGCACUCCACAAAUCUUGAACCUGGCACACCUUCACCUGAAGACGGGUCAGGCCACAACAUGCGGAAGGCCAUUUUUUGCAGGAGUGUGCCAGAGUGGAAAAUAUCAAAGGACCUCAAUGUGUGACCAGAACUCAAAUGUUUUAAAAAUGCUGGAUCGGACUGAAUAUUAAUUCACAUUAUUCAUGUUUGAACGUGUGAUGUAUUUUUCCUUGAAUGGUUUGUUUACCAUUUUAGGGUUGCAUUUUAUUAUUUCUUAUUUCACCGUUCCAUGUAUAAUUAUUUUUAGUACACAUUUAUUGUCCAGAUCAAAAAAUUCUAUUUGGCUGCUCCAUCCCUCUCAGUGUCAAUGCCUAUAAAGCUUUUAUAUGUGGA